AUGACAAGGGCGAGGAUAGAAUCUCUGCUCGCAUCCUUCCCCAAACUCAUCCCCGCCGGCACACAACACACCUCCGUUGAGACCGCCGACGUCCGCUAUGUCUAUCAACCACUUGAAGACCUGUAUAUACUCCUCAUCACCAAUAAGGCCUCCAACAUCCUCCAGGACAUCGAGACUCUACACCUCUUUGCCCGUGUCGUCUCGGACCUAUGCCGAAGUCUGGAGCAGCGCGAGAUCCUCAAAAACGCAUUCGAGCUGCUUGGCGCGUUUGACGAGAUCGUGAGCAUGGGCUACAGGGAGCAAGUCAACCUCAUGCAGGUCCGCAACGUCCUCGAGAUGGAGAGUCACGAGGAGAAGAUCCAGGAGAUCAUCGCCCGGAACAAGGAGGCGGAGGCGAAGGAGGAGCUCAAGCGGCGCGCGAAGCAGCUCGAGAUGCAGCGCCGCGAGCAGCAGCGGCGCGCCGCCGCGGGCGGGCCUUCGGGCGGGAGCAGCUACCUCGGCGGUGGGAUCUCGGGCUACUCCGCCGUCCCCCAGCGCGAGUUCAACGCGCCGACGCCCGCCCGCACCGCGUCGCCGAAGCCGUCCAGCCUCCGCACGCCGGCGUUCAAGGGCAGCGGCAUGAAGCUCGGCGCGAAGAAGUCGCAGCAGUCCGCCCUGCUCGACGCGCUGGGCAGCGAGGCGCAUUUGUCGGAGGACAUGUCGGCCCCAGCGACGCCGGCGAUGGGGGGCACGCCGGAGCCCGUUGCGGUCCCGAGGAACGAUCGCGGGAGCCUGCCGUUGGUGGACCCCGAGAGCGUGCAUAUCGUCACCAAAGAGUCCAUCAGUCUCGAGCUUUUACGCGAAGGCGGCCUCAACAACCUCGAACUGCGCGGUGACAUGAACCUUCAUAUCUCCGACCCUGCGUUCGGCCGCGUCAAGCUUGUGCUUGCACCUGCACCUGUGACGUUCGGCCCCGAGCUGCAAUUCAAGCAACACCCGAACGUUGGCAAGUUCGUCGCCAACCGUGACCGCCUCGUCGCUCUCAAGGACCCCUCGCGGUCGUUCCCGAUCGGUCAGCCGUUGGCGGUGCUCAAGUGGAGAUAUUCCGGCAAGGACGAGACGUACGUACCGUUGUCGAUCAACUGCUGGCCAACUCCGUCCAACGACGGGAAGUGCGACGUGAACAUCGAGUACGAGCUCGAGAACGAGGGCGUCAGCCUGUAUGAUGUCGUCAUCUCUAUCCCAUUGCCCGACGGCUCCUAUCCCACCGUCUCGUCCCACACUGGCGAAUGGAGUCUCAACUCGUCUAGCCAUUCGCUAGACUGGACGAUUUCCCUCAUCAACACCGACGAUCGCUCCGGGUCGCUCGAAUUCUCAGUCGGUGGUGAUGAUGCGAGCGCUUUCUUCCCGGUCAAGGUGUCGUUUGUCGCACAGGGUAGCAUUGCGGGAGUUAAAGUUGCGUCGGUGACGAGCGUCGAGGGCGGCGAGGUGGUGGAGUUCUCGGAAGACGCGACUGUGAGCGUCGAAAAUUACACUGUAGUGUAG